UCUACAAUCAAUAAGGUUUCUGUUGAGUCUGGUUCUAUUGUACCCAGGAGCUGCAUCCUUAGAUGUGGUGCGGGUGAGAAGAGGUCGGCCGGUUGUCCUGCAAUGUGAGGCUGGAGACACAUUGCUAUCAGUUAUCUGGAAGGUUUAUCUAUAUAAUUCAUCCUGUGUAAUAGGAUACAAAAUAGAGGGAUACAAUAAAAUCCCAUCAUACAGCUCCUGCAGUACAAGGAUGAGAAGUUACGGAUUAUCACUGAGGAUCAGUAAUGCUGAAGUAUCCGAUGAAGGAUUGUAUGCUUGUAUGGAUGCAAAUACCAUAGACACAGUCAUUACAUACAAAGUACUACAAGUAUUAGCUGAGCCGUCGACAUUUCUAAAAUUAAACAGUGACGGAUCUCCAGAGUGCGGAGCCGUUGGUGGGAAUCCACCUGCAGAAAUCUCCUGGAUCCCACAUUCAGAUAACAUAAUCACUACAAUACUGGAAGAGCCGGACCAGACGAGGACAGUGGUCAGCACCCUCCGUACAGAAAGCCUGAACGAGGCAUCAGUGACGUGUGUCGUAUCUCAUCCAACGUUUCUGACUCCAUGGACAGGAGUCAUAUCACUAACUGGCUUUAAACUUCGACUUGACAACAUCGUGAGACUAAUUGUCACCAUAAUUGUCACCAUACUCCUUGCAGGACGUGUUCUGUACCUAAAAAUCAAGAGCCAGAAAGAAAAUAUUCCUGGAAAAGAAAGUAUUGAAGCCUGAAGAGAAGGAAUAUGGAAUGACCAGGUGUCAAGGGAUUAGAUUACCCCGG